GAACUUGACUCGUUAGCAGCCGCGGCUAUGGCGGCGCGUUCGCCGCCCUCACAGUUCCCUCCGCCCCCAGCGCGACAGUUGGGCCCCAGGUCUCCACGUGUUGAGCGGAGAGCUGAGGUACACGCAGUGCGCAGCGAGGCCUCGGGACUUGCCAGCGCAGCGCGGGAGGUCGUCGCGGACAAAAGUGACAUAAUCUGGAGGGGCGAAGAAGGGUCAGGGGGCCGGCGAGGGCCAGAGGGGACAGCUCCGGCUCAUGCUCCCUUCCUCAGCGCGCCCAUGGGGUCCAGGCGGUUAGAGGGCAUCUCGGUAGAGGAGGCGAUGGUGACCCGGAUUCAGCUGCUGGAGGAAGAGCUGAGCGGCCUAAAGGAGGAGCUGGCCCUGUGUCAGGCUGAUAAAGAAUUUGUAUGGUCUUUGUGGAAACGUCUCCAGGUGACAAACCCAGAUCUCACGCAGGCAGUCAGUUUGGUUGUGGAAAGAGAAAAACAGAAAUCUGAAGCUAAAGACAGAAAAGUUCUAGAAAUCCUGCAAGUCAAGGAUGCUAAAAUACAAGAAUUGGAACAGAGAGAAACAGUACUAAAACGGGAAAUAAAUGACCUUGUAAAACGGAAGAUUGCAGUAGAUGAAGAAAAUGCUUUCUUAAGGAAAGAAUUCUGUGACUUAGAGAAGAAAUUUAAAGAUAAAAGUCAAGAAGUUAAGGACACUAAGGAGUGUGUUCAGAAUAAAGAAGAACAAAACAGACUAGUUAUAAAAAAUCUGGAGGAGGAAAAUGAGAAAUUAAGUACCCGCUGCACUGACCUGCUAAAUGACCUGGAGAAAUUAAGGAAGCAGGAAGCACAUUGGAGAAAAGAAAAAUAUAGCAUUGAUGCAAAAAUAAAGGCCUUUGAAGACAAUUUAAUUGAAGCAAGGAAAGAAAUUGAAAUAUCACAGAGUAAAUAUAAUGCCCUAUCAUUACAGUUGAAUAAUAAGCAGACUGAACUUAUUCAAAAGGAUAUGGAUAUUACCCUGGUCAGGCAACUUUACAAUGAGUUGCAUAUUUGUUUUGAGACCACAAAAUCAAAUGAAGCUGUGCUUCGGCAAAGUGUUGUUAAUCUUCAGGAUCAGCUCUUUCGAAAAGAGCAAGAAAAUGCUACAUUAAAAGAAAAACUUCAGGAAUCCCAGGGAGCACCUUAUUCUUUACCUCAAGAAAAUGAUUCAGACCACUCAGCACAGGUAUCUCAACGGCCAUCCUUAUCAAGUUUAGAAACAUUAAUGGUAUCCCAGAAGUCUGAAAUUGAGUACUUACAGGAGAAACUGAAAAUAGCAAAUGAAAAACUGUCAGAGAACAUAUCUAUAAACAAGAGUUUCUCAGAGAAGAGCAUCAUGACAAGUGUUGAAGCAAAACAUAAGGAACCACCUGUGAAACGUUCAAGGUCUUUGUCCCCAAAGAGCUCUUUCAGAGACUCAGAGGAGCUAAGGAAGCUGAGAAAAGCUGAAAGAAAGAUUGAAAACUUAGAGAAGGCACUACAACUAAAGAGCCAAGAAAAUGAUGAGCUAAGAGAUGCCCAUGAAAAACGCAAGGAAAGGCUACAGAUGUUACAGACCAACUAUAGAGCAGUAAAAGAGCAAUUAAAACAGUGGGAAGAAGGCCGUGGCAUGACUGAAAUCAGAAAAAUAAAGAGAGCAGAUCCCCCACAACUUAGACAAGAAGAUUCUGAUGCUGUAUGGAAUGAACUGGCAUAUUUCAGAAGGGAAAACCAGGAGCUAAUGAUUCAAAAGAUGAAUCUUCAAGAAGAAUUGGAUGAACUUAAAGUACAUAUAUCUCUUGAUAAGGCAACAAUACAAGAACUGAAUAGAUGUAUGGCAGAGAAAAGAGAAGAACAACUCUUUAGAUACGGUGAAGAUGGCGAGGUCAAGAAGAGUACUCCAGAGAAGAAUGGGAAAGAAAUGUUGGAGCAGACAUUGCAGAAGGUCAUAGAGUUGGAAAAUCGGCUAAAAUCUUUUGAGAGAAAGUCGAGAAGAUUAAAAGAAGGGAAUAAAAGGUUAAUGAAAGAAAAUCAUUUCUUGAAAUCCCUCUUAAAACAGCAGCAAGAAGAGGCAGAGACCAGAGAAAAAGAGCUAGAACAGCUACUAAAGGGAAGUAAAGAUGUAGAAAAAGAUAAAACUGAACUUCAAGUAAAAAUCACUGAGCUGGAGAGAGAAGUCACUUCCUUAAGGAGACAAGUGGCAGAAGCUAAUGCACUGAGAAAUGAAAAUGAAGAGCUGAUGAACCCAAUGGAGAAAUUACACCACUCAGCAGACAAAGCUAAAUCUGAGAUGGCCACCACAGAAGUGAGAUGUGGACAAUACGAUUGUAAGACAACCACUACCAAGGUUAAAUUUAAAGCCGCUAAGAAAAAGUGCUCUGUGGGUCGUCACCACACUGUUCUCAAUCACUCCAUCAAGGUUAUGAGCCAUGUAGUUGAGAACCUCAGCAAGGACGGUUGGGAGGAUGUGAGUGAAAGCAGCAGUGACUCUGAAGCACAGACCUCUGAAAAUUUGGGAACAAUUAUUGUAGAAACAUCCCAGAAAAUAAGUCCUAUGGAAGAUAGAAGAGACCAGAAGGAAAGCGAUCAAACAGAAGACAGCCAAACACAAGGAAAAGAAAUAGUACAAAUAUACUCCAAUAUAAAUGGCAAGGCUCAAAAGGAUCAUUUUCAUUAUAAAAAUACCAAAAAACCAACUUUUCAAAAGAAGAAUGGCAACAUGCAAAAGAGUUUACAUACAGCAGUUCCUACCAGAGUCAACAGAGAAAACUGCAAAAGUAUAACUGCCCAGAAAUCAAGUAGCAAUAUUAUUUUGUUACGAGAACGGAUUAUAUCCUUGCAACAACAAAAUAGUGUACUUCUGAAUGCAAAAAAAACAGCAGAAUUGUCUGUUAAAGAAUAUAAAGAAGUUAAUGAAAAGCUCCUCCAUCAACAGCAAGUGUCUGAUCAACGAUUUCAGAUAAGCAGACAGACAAUAAAGGAUCUCAAGCUUUCUCUCCUAGUAUCAAAAAUAAAUGAGACUGAAUCUGCAAUGGCAGAAAUUGAAACAGCAGCAUCUAAGCAGCUUCAAGGAUUAGCUUUGCAAAGUGAGCAGAAUGCAACUAAUGAACUCACUAAACAGUCAUCAAAUGUGAAGUCUCUGAAAUUUGAACUCCUAGCAAAGGAAGAACACAUAAAGGAAAUGCAUGAAAAGAUGUCUCGAAUGGAGAGGGAUAUAACUAUGAAAAGACAUUUGAUAGAGGACUUGAAAUUUCGACAGAAAGUAAAUUUGGAAAGUAAUGAAAGUUUUACUGAAAUGUUAGAAAAUCUUGAAAAAAAGGUAUCAAUUUUUAUGGCACAGCCAGAUUAUAGAAGAGGUGGAGUGGCCAUCUGUUCUAGAUCUAGUCUUGAAUAUGGAAUUUUGCUCUUGGGUGAAAUCAAGUACUUUGAACAUCUGGGCUGGAUAUAUGUGGAAAUUGAAAAGACAAAGAUAGAUGCUGAAAAUGACAAGGAAUGGCUGUUGCACAUUCAGAAACUUCUUGAAGGACAGGUAUUUCAUUUUUUUGCUUCAUAUAUUAAAACUAAGAAUUCCAACACUUACAUUUUUACUAGAUGUCUAACUUUUUGUAAACGUUUACCCAUUAUUUACUUCUAUUAG